AUGGCAACCUCACCGGACCGCGAGUCGGACUCACACGACUCGGAAGAGCCUCCUGUAGAUCUGCCGGAGUUCUAUACAGCACAGCCAACUACAGUGGCUUUAGCAAGUCGGAACAAGCAAACCCCAGCCACUAAGCAAGACAUCACUGGCCUACUGAAGGAAAUGAGACAGAUGCAUGCCAUGGAUCUUGACUUGCUCAAGAACGAAAUAUAG